UCACCUUCAAGCAGUAUAUGUGUAUAAAGACCUCGGAUCUAAGCCCCUACGCCCCAACAAGUCCCGAAGACCUUCCGUGCCAGCCAGAGUUUGAGAAGAUCAUGAAGAAGAAGAGUGUGUCAGCGGCUUCAAGAGGAGCAGCGAGAAUGGGCAAGAGAUUUUCUCGGGACCCCUUUUUCAUCACUGAGUCGUCGAAGAAACGGCGGAAGAUUAGCAAGGAGAGUGACGUGAUAGAGAGCGACUUCUCGGACGAAGACUAUCGGUUUCUUAGUUCUAAAGGGCAAGAUCAUGAUAGGGAUGAGGAGGAAAGUGUGGGCGAGAAGAGGAAGCGCUUGGCUAUGGCGCACUUGGACAAGGUUCGGGGAAUUGCAGUGAAAGAAGAGGAGGAGGACGAUGAUGAGGAAGGUGAGAAGGAAGGGCAGUACUGGGACUUGCGCGUGUCGAGGAUUUUGCAGCAGGAGCAGCUCGAGCGGACAGGCCGUUUUCGCCGAGCCCUUGCGUCUAGGAUUCAAAAGAUUGAUACUACUGAUGAUGAAUUCCGAGUCCUGGUGAAGCACCGGCAAUCCGUCACUGCCGUAUCUCUUUGCGAGGAUGACUCCAAAGGUUUUUCAGCUUCCAAGGAUGGCACCAUUUUGCAUUGGGACUUGGACAGUGGGAAACGGGAAAAAUACCAGUGGCCUACGCACGAGACACUAAGGGCACACGGGGCCAAAGAGCCAAGUGGUCCGGCUGCAAGGCACAGUAGACAUGUUUUAGCACUGGAUGUUAGCUCCGACGGUCGAUAUUUGGCGAGUGGAGGCUUAGAUCGCCAUAUUCAUCUGUGGGAUACCCGUACACGAGCGCAUAUUCAGGCUUUUUCAGCACACAAAGGACCUGUAUCGUGUUUAUCUUUUAGGCAAGGAACUUCAGAACUUUUCUCUGGUUCAUUCGAUCUUAAAGUUAUGAAAUGGGAUGUUGAAAUGAGAGAGAAAAUAGAACCCGAUUUAUGUGGGCAGAGAGGGAAAAUAAUACAUAUGGAUUGCCAGUGGAAAGAACGGGUAUUGACUGUUGGACGAGAUCGAAAAAUGCUGUUGUUUAAGGUCGAUGAGAAUGAGUUCUCGCAAUUCAAAGGCCCCUCAAAAUCUUAUCUGGAAUGUUGUUGUUUCAUUAGUGACGAUGAGUACUUGUCUGGCUCUGACGAUGGAAGUAUCGAGCGCUGGAGCAUAUUGCGAGACAAGCCCAUAUACAUUUAUAAGAAUGCUCAUACUUCCUGGACUGCAAACAAGAAUCUUGAACAAAAGGAUAAUGAAAGGACCAUCUCCAGUUGUCAUUUUCAAUUGGCAAAUUCCUGGGUCAAUUCCUUAGCUGUGUGCAGAAGCAGCGACCUUGCUGCAUCGGGAGCUGGGAAUGGUUCUGUUCGAUUAUGGGCUAUUGAAAGUGAGACCAGAGGCAUUCAGCCAUUGUUUGACCUUCCGUUGGUUGGGUUUGUGAAUUCUCUGGCCUUUGCUAGAUCUGGAAAGUUCCUAGUUGCUGGAGUUGGGCAGGAGCCUCGUUUGGGAAGGUGGGGACGUAUCCAGUCGGCUCAAAAUGGAAUUGCAGUUCAUUCCCUUCAGCUCUCAUAAGAUUGGAUGAUUUUUCUACAAAGUCUUAUCUUAGAUUUUUAUCUUAGAUUUUCUUAAUCUCAAUAGCACAUUUUAAGUUUGAUGUUUUAUUUAAAUGGUUAACAUAUGAUCAAACCACUUAAAAUGAGCUGCGAUCAAUAAGUACUAGUGUGAUUAAGAUGAACA